AUGGGUGCCCUUCUCUCUAUUCCACUCUUGGCAGUGCCGAGUGUUGGCACGCUCAUCACCGUCGCAGGAUCAUGCUGUGGCGCCGCGACGUGCUCUGCGGUCUGCAGUGCCUGCGGAAAGUUUCAGAACAGUAUGGCAACGAGAAUCGCCUACGCCUUCAUCCUUUUGAUCAACUCCAUCAUAUCCUGGAUUAUGCUUACGCCAUGGGCCUUGAAGAAGCUCCAGCACCUGACGCUUGACUACAUGGAAAUUCAAUGUGACGGGAAGGAAUGUCAUGGUUGGGUGGCGGUCCAUCGCAUCAAUUUCGCUCUCGGUCUUUUCCAUUUGAUACUUGCCCUUCUCUUACUCGGAGUCAAGAGCUCCAAGGAUACUCGCGCCGCCAUUCAGAAUGGCUACUGGGGCCCAAAGGUCAUCCUCUGGUUGGCCUUUGUUGUCAUGUCCUUCUUCAUCCCCGAGCCCUUCUUCUUCGUCUACGGCAACUACAUUGCAUUCUUCUGCGCCAUGCUCUUCCUGCUGCUUGGUUUGAUCUUGCUGGUCGAUCUCGCACAUACGUGGGCGGAGCUGUGUCUGCAGAAGAUCGAGGACAGCGACUCUCGCUUAUGGCGAGGUCUGCUCAUCGGUUCGACCGUCGGCAUGUACCUGGCGUCUUUUGUCAUGACGAUCCUGAUGUACAUCUUCUUCGCAAACAGCGGGUGCUCCAUGAACCAGGCUGCAAUCACGAUCAACUUGAUCGUGUUCUUGAUCAUCUCCUUCGUGUCUGUUCAACCUGCAGUGCAAGAGUCGAACUCUCGUGCCGGCUUGGCCCAAGCUGCGAUGGUCACCGUCUACUGUACCUACCUCACCAUGUCCGCUGUCUCGAUGGAACCGGAUGACAACAACUGCAACCCAUUGAUCCGGUCUCGCGGAACCCGCACUGCCACCAUCGUUCUCGGUGCGAUCGUGACCAUGCUCACUAUCGCAUACACGACCACCCGGGCUGCCACGCAAGGCAUCGCCCUGGGCUCCAAGGGCGGACACAGCUACAUCCAACUGGGCGGGGAUGACGAGCACGGAUUGAUCACUCAACAGCCCAACACCCGUCGCGAGAUGCGGGCUGAGGCUCUCCGGGCUGCCGUCGAGAGCGGCAGUCUGCCUGCCAGUGCUCUUGACGACAGCGAUGACGAGGAUGAGUUCGAAUCUGUCAAGGAUGACGAGCGAUCCUCCACCCAGUACAACUACUCGCUCUUCCACAUCAUUUUCUUCCUCGCCACAACUUGGGUGGCUACUUUGCUGGUCCAGGGCUUGACGCUCGAAACCACGGCGGACUUCGCCCCUGUUGGCCGUACUUACUGGGCCAGCUGGGUGAAGAUCAUCAGUUCCUGGGUCUGCUACGCCAUCUACCUGUGGACCUUGAUUGCGCCGGUUGUUCUGCCGGAUCGCUUUGGUGUUUAUUGA